AUGUUGCAACUUUUUCACGCUCGUACUAACGACACGCCAAUAGCGCCCGUUCACCGUGGUCUUCACAUUGCGUUGGACCUGACAUUUGCUCUGAUGUUAUUCGGCGACUCUGGCACUAUUAGCCACCCAGGAUAUAUAUAUAAUAGAUUUCAUGUGAGAAAUAGUGCGAUCGCUGCUCUUGCGAUCAUGGUCGUAGCUGGAUAA